UAAUGAUUUUGUUUAGUCUCUUAAGUCGCUAAUGAUUUGGAAUACAUGCUUAAAUAUCGUUAUUUCUGUGGACUAGAUAGUUUGUGUUGUCGUUCUAUCGACAGUCAACGUGUUCACUGCUUAUUUUGUGUGGUAAUCUGGGCUGUGUGAGUGUAACUGCUGUGACUGGUCCUUUGAUAGUAUGAAGCUCUACAGCAUCAGCGUCCUCUAUAAGGGGACAACAAAAUCCAACCUGCUUAAAGCUGCCUAUGACCUCUCUUCUUUUGGCUUUUUUCAACGUUCGAGUGUGCAGGAAUUUAUGACCUUCACGAGUGCCUUGAUUGUUGAACGUUCACCACAAGGAAGCCGUGCCUCUGUCAAAGAACAAGAAUACUUGUGCCAUGUGUAUGUGAGAAAUGACAACCUGAGUGCUGUGGCCAUAGCGGACAAUGAAUACCCACAGAGAGUGUGUUUCACAUUGUUAGAGAAGGUAUUAGAAGAGUUUUCCAAGCAAGUAGACAGUAUAGACUGGCCUUCUGGAAAGCCAGAAACUAUAAACUACAGAGCUCUGGAUAUUCACCUUGCUAAAUAUCAGAACCCCAGGGAAGCAGAUGCAAUGACCAAAGUACAAGCUGAGUUGGAUGAAACAAAGAUAAUUUUGCACAACACCAUGGAGAGUCUGUUGGAGAGAGGAGAGAAACUGGAUGAUCUUGUGGCAAAAUCUGAGCACCUGGGAACUCAGUCCAAAGCCUUCUACAAGACUGCACGGAAACAGAACUCCUGCUGUGAGAUCAUGUGAUGUCACUGCUUUGUCCACAUGGACGUGGCUCUUUCUCUUUCUCUGCCUUUCUGCUCUUCCUACAACUCCCAUCAUGCACCAGCUUGCCACACGAAGUGCAGAAUUACGCCGUCUCAUCCAGUUUGGGGUGUCCCAGUGAAAUCUGGAACAGGUGGCAGAUGGUGGCCAGUGUGAAUGUGGCCUGGAUUCGGACUGAUGGGAGCUGAAGGAGUGAUGAGAUUAAGGGGAAAAGUAACACUUGAAUCAUUUUAACCUUUCAAAGAGUAAACGUCUGUGUGGCAUUUCAGCACCAGCUAAGGACAAAGUGGUGUCGUGUGUUCUGGUGAUGUGUUGGUGGAAUGUCUUCAGACCAGUUGUUUUUCAGUUUGAAUCAGUUAAUAGACAUUUGGAUGAGAAGCGGUUUUGUGCUUUUGCUGGAAGACAACACUAACAGUCUGUCCUGUCUGAACUAAAAUGUCACGGCUUCAUUUACAUAAACCUUUUAAAAUUCUUAACACGUGAAGCUUGCUCUGCCCACUAGGUGGCCCUGUUUAGCAAGUCUUAUUGGGACUGUGUGACUGCACUAGAUGGUUUUUGAGGUUAAUCUUUAAAAACUAAUAUGAACCAAACAGUGGCUGCUUGAAUAUGUCAGAUGUAUGUUUGUUUUUUAAGCAAAGCUUUUUUGGGGGGGAAGCUUUUUUGCUUUAGUAGUGUAAGAUUAAAUGUGUGCUUUGUAGUGUUUCAUGAAACCUUAAACAUUCCCACUUUAAGUCAUGUAAAGUUUUGAUGCAUCUUAAAGAUGAUGAGAAGCGUGAGCUUGGAUGCAGCCUUAUAAAAAAAAUGUAAUUAAUACAGAAUUCAAAAACUGGUUAUUUAAAAAAAAAAAAA